UGGGCACUUGGUUCGCCUUAUAGGAGUUAACAAGAUGCAUGCUAUGUUGCGUGAGUUGAAGGAUAAGACUGGCCGUUGCGACCUUAUAUAUUUCAAGAUGGUAUGUCCCUGCUUAUUUAAAUAUAUAGAAUUGUGAAGUUCACCAAGACAUACCGAUAGAAGAAACAAUGGCAUGUAUUGGAUAGCAUGCAUCCAUGCGACAUGCUUGCGUAUAACGAUAAGUUCUGGAUGAAGUCCUGGGAUCAGAAGUAUAAUUACAGGGGUGGUCAUAGGCUAAGAAAAAAAAGAAGCUGCAUCCCUAUCCAGAUGGGAGAGGAUGAUUUUUAUAAUCUCUCGGGAGGAAAUGUAGAUUGCGAAUAUUGUAAAGAACUAAAGAAGCGAUUUUAUCGGCCUGAACUAGAGGUUGAGAAGGCCGGCGCUUAGUAGCAUGGCUUGAGUGAAUCAAGACGCUUAGAGAUUAAGUUUCCAUUGGAUAAUUUUAGUCAUUUAAACCAA